CCGGUUGUUUUGCCUACAUUAGCAUAGGUACAGAAGAGUACAGCUUGACUCACAGCUUUUCAGGUACUGCUUAUGUCAGCUCAUCUUUGAAAGCAGGAGGCACAGCAAGUAAAAAACCGAGAGCUCAACAUUUUACAACAUCAUUUAUUAGGUCCGUAGAUCAUGGUGGGCAGCGGGGUGAUUCUCAUGGUGUACAUAAUUACCUUCGUGAUUGGCUUCCCAGCCAACCUCCUGGCUCUCUAUGCCUUCAGCGUCAAGAUCCAUGUCAAGGCAAAUCCAACAGACAUCCUGCUACUCAAUCUGACCGUCUCCGACCUGCUCUUCUUGCUCAUCCUUCCUCUCAAGAUGUACGAGGCCAAUUUAGACAUGAAGUGGAAUCUGCCCCGCUUCCUGUGCUCCCUCACCGCCUUCACCUUCUUCUCCACCAUCUACACCAGCUCCUUGUUGCUGAUGGCUGUCAGUCUGGUUCGCUACAUUGCACUCGCCUUCCCUAUCACCUAUCAUCGGCUAAACAAACCUGUUUAUGCAGUAGUGAUGGGUGCAGUCAUUUGGCUGAUCUCCUCAGCAAACUGCAGUAUCACUAUCAUCACCCAGCACCACCCAUCCCUAGCCAGAGAAACCCCUGAUGGCCAGGCCUAUGCUUGCUUUGCGAACUUUACGGAGAAGCAGCUGGAUGUCCUCCUCCCGAUACGUUUGGAGGUUUUCUUUGUUCUCUGCCUUGUUCCUCUUGUAAUUUGUGUUUACUGCUACGUGCAAUGCAUCUUGAUCCUGUACAGCCGCCCCAGGAUAUCCCGCAUGCAGAAGCAGAAAGCCAUCGGUAUGGCCUUGGGGACUCUGGCCGUGUUCCUCAUUUGCGUGCUACCAUACAAUAUCUCUCAUUUAGUGGGUUUCAUUGAGGAUAAGAGCCCAGAGUGGAGGUACUACGUUUUGCUGCUUAGCACCUUCAACACCUGCAUUGAUCCCAUCAUCUUCUACUUUUCUUCCUCUAGCUUCCACUGCAACAGUAAAAAGUCAAUUUUCAGGAAACGUACACUCACUGUUUCAGAGUUACAAAAGCAGGUCACAGGGUCUAACCCAGGGUAAAAGACACUGUCCAGCUUUAAUGUUAUUAUUGUACUGUAUAUUAAUCCAUUCAUUAUCCAUCUAUUGCCUCUACCACUUAUCCUGAAGCCAAUUCUACCCAGCAAGAAGUACCAUAUGCUUCAGAAGUUGUUUUAAUUCAAGCUUAAAAUUCACAUAUAUGUUAUCUUUAUAGAGCAAUGUCCUUAAAAUCUGAGGUGUGAUCUGAUCCUGUUGAAAGUGACUGUGUUGCUAUUUAAAAACGAUGUAGACCCUUUAAAAAAAAGAGACAUUAUAUUUGCAUAUGCAAAAUUCCAAAUGUUAUUAUUUUACUGUUUUCUCUAUUUUUGAAUGGGAAUUCAAGUCAUUUGCGCCCUUAACACAGUAGCUUGUUUUUACUUUAACAUGGGCUAGCCGCUCUUCUGCAUUCAUGCUUUCUGUAGGCACCCAUUUAGAAUAUACCUGCAACAAAAAAAAACAAAAAAAGUCAGAAAUAAAGUGAUGUGCCAGAAAGGGAGAGGCGAUGGACUAGUGGCAGAAACUUGGACUAUUGGCAGAAAAGGUUUAUGGUUCGUCUCUGGUUCGACUCUACGGAGAAACAACAAAAAGACGAACCUGGAUUGAUCUGUCCAAAAAUCCAAGAGGAUUCUCCCUACCCUGUCUAGUGCCCCUGAGCAAGGCACCUUACUCCCCCAACAUCUGCUCCCCGGGCGCCGUACAUGGUCGCUCACUGCUCUGUGUAUCCUGCAACAGAUGGGUCAAAAGCAGAGGUUAAAUUUUCCUCCCUGCAUGAGUGUGCAUGUGUUUGGGACUAAUAAAUGCAUCUUAAUCUUAAUCUCAAGGCAUUUUCUUCAGCACAGAUAUGUCAAGUGCAAGAUGGUGGCACAAUAACAAGUUAUAGACAGAAAAUAUAUAUUUUAAAUGUAAAUAUUUAUUUUUUCUCUUAGUUAUCUAGAAUAUCUGAAGCUUAUUGUGUGAGUUCGAUAAUAUGUGUGUGUAUUGAGACCAUAUCGAGGGAUUAUUCAAACAGCCUCUCUAACAAUUAUUAUUAGGGAUGCACCGAUAUGGAAAUUCUUGGCCGAUACCGAUACCGAUAUUUAAAAUAACAAUCUGGCCGAUAGCCGAUACCGAUACCGAUAUUUGUUUAUUUUCUUUUUGUUGUUAUUCAUUCACCCUUUUGUGCCAGAAAAAUAAUUAAAUCAUUAUUUAGAAAGCACUAUUUAAAAAAAUGUCAGCCCUUCAUCACUCUUAUCUUUUAAUGAGCACAGAUUGGAUCAGAUUUAUGAAACAAUCUUUGAUUUAACUAAACUUUAUUUAACAGAGACAUAUUAUGCCCAUUUUACCGCAAGUUGAAAUGGUUCCUUGGGAUCUUAAUGAAAUGUCUGUAACAUAUUUUGGUCAAAAUACCACAAGGGUAAUUUAAAACAGUACCUUUUUACCCUGUCUAAAACAGCCCUGUUAAGGUAUCAUUAUAGAGAACGCUCUUCUCAUUGUUUAUUAGAUGUGUUACGGCUUCUGUGUGUAUGACGUAUGUUGUCAAUUCCCUUGUUACCUGUGCAUGAGACGGAUGAAUAGAGCCGGUGCACAUGAGAAUAAAGUACUUUAACAGAC